CCUCACUAGGACUUUGUGCGGAGUGGUUGUGUCCGCUUGACCUGGCUUAAGUUUACAUACACUUUAAAAUUCACUGCCACUGUUUGUGAUAAAAGUUUGUCGGACAAAACGUGUUAUUUCAUCAUGUGUGAAAAGAAAUCAAGGAAGAUAAAGAAAGGAUCGCACAGCACCCACCUGCGAGAGGCGCGCCGCAUUCAGCGGCUCCAGCAGCUGAUGUCGCCCCCCGUAGAGCGCCUGCCGUCCCCCUUGGUCGAUAAGAACGCCCAGUGCCGACUCAUCCUCGAACUCGCCUGGAAAACCAUCACGCUUAUGCAGAAAAACAGCAUGAUUCAACAGAGAAUCGUUGCGCUGCAGAAGGAAACUUCAGAAUUUGUAGCCGCAGUGAUGAGUAACCCUGAAAACAAACGGCGAUACGCCGAACAUAUGCGUCUGUACGGACAACAUCCACAGUCACUUGUGUUGUUCCCUGUCAAGCAGAACAGCACACAUAUCUGAAGUUAGAGUUUACUCUAACAUAGGUAGAUUUAAUUAAGCUUGAGCUAAGCUUCUAUAAGUGAGUGAUAUUUAAUUAGGAAACUUACUUAAAUUUGAUAUGCAGUUUUAGUAUCCAAGGGUAUUAAUUUUAGAGUAUAGGGUUUUUUCAGUUUGUUAUAAUGUGUUAGUAAUUUAAGUGUAGAUAUAAAUCAAUUUAGACAAACUUAAAACAGAUUUACUGCUGUGUAAAGUUGUUAUUUACUGUGACCGUCAUAAUUAGGUUUUAAGUUUUAACUUGGUGUAAUUAUAGCAAAGUUUAGGCAGAACGCGUUGUCCUGCCUGACGUUGAUUCUCCCGUCCUCAUUAGCUAUAAGUAACGAAGCCGCAACACUUACCAAAGUAUAUAUACUAUGAGCCACUUGUACGCAGACACAUGGAAUCAACGGUACAAUUUCAACGUACAUUCAAUUUAUUUUAAUUUUUACAUCUCUUUUUAUUAUUAUUUAUAAUUCAAUAAAUUCUACAUCAUGUACAAUAGGACAACCAGGUUGUAUCGAGGCUCGUAAUAAUUAGUACGUAAGUUUCCAACGCCUUACUGAUUUAUAAUAAUGGUUCUAACAAAUUGUGAGCGAACAUAUUGCAUAAAUAAGUCGUUAUUCAUAUUUAUCAAGUAAAAGUAUAUUGUCUUGCAUGUUGUUGCUUUUGUAAGUAACUAUGUACCUAGGUUUAAAUUGUAUAAUUUAUUAGUAAUUUUUCGAACUAAAUACUCUAUCCUAGUUAAGAAAACUUCCACUGCGACAUUACUAAAGUCAAAUAUGUAUAUUCUAUUAUUUUAUUUGAUUUUGUUGAUGCUAACAAAAUUUUAUUUUUCAUUAGUAAAUGUUACGAAUUGGUGGUGAGAUGCAUUAGUUAACAAUGGUUCAGCUAAACAAUUUUAUAUUACAAACAAUAUUUUUUUUCCUUCUGAUAAUUUACUUAGCGUCAAAUGUAGAGCGAACCCUUGUCCUUUGACUAAUGCCUAUAGAAUAUAAAUAAUGUAUAUAGAAGUCCACUGUAUCUUUCUGAGGACAGUCAUUACCAUACCUGUUUUUCACACGUAGCAUUAUCAUGGUUCCAGGAAUGACAUAGUAAUACAAGUUAAUAAUUUUGUGUGUGGCAUGGCCACAGCGACGUGCCUUAUAAGGCUAAAAGCAUAAGAAAAACAAAAUGUAGUAAUUUUCUUUCACAUUUUUAUUUAAAUGUUAAUUUACAACAUUGAAAUAAAAGCACGUAUUUUUAGGUCUUUCCGAUUCAGAAAUUAGCUUUCCAUUCUUUGAGUUGACCGGGCAAAACUAAUUGCGAAACUUUAUUGUCUGAACAGUUUGUGGUACUUGUAGUCUUUUGGCACGCAGCGGUGUUUCUUUGUACGAUUUUACCCUUUUUCGGACACUUAUGCCAUAGUAUUGGCGUUAGUCAAAGAAUUCUUUAAAUCUCAUUACAUUUGUGGGAAUAUUUUAUUCUAUGUUGCAUUUAGUAGAUUAGUUACUAAUUAAUGCACAGACCUAUAUACCAUGCACUGUGUUCAUUUUUUAAUUUUAUUUAAAUACCUACUUUGUCGAUAUAGACAUUGGGUAGACCUUUAGCGUUUAACGACGGACUGGUUUCGUGAGUAAAAUAAUAAUACAUACUCUAUGUGACAGUACUAAAUAUAGUAUUAUUGUUUUUUUUACGAUAACAAAAGAUCGGUCACCAAAUGUCAUUAGACUGUAAUCUGUCUAGAGAUGUACGCGAAUAUAUUGCAAGUUAAUUAAUUUUUAAUAUUACAACUCUCUGAUUGACAGAAUAGUUUAAUUUUUAUGAACUACAAACACGAUAAA